CAAUCCUUUCUGCGGAGGGCUUUUACGACCAUGUCCCUCUCCAUCCUCUUCUUAUGGGUAGUUAGCUGCAUCCCUCUCCUUGUCAACUCUAUUUCUGACCCUAGAGGUUACCUCUUAGACUGUGGAGCCGGAAAAAAAGACGGUGCAAUCGUAGACAACCUGAAAUACAUAACAGAUGAGGGUUUCAUAUCCGUGGGAAACAUAACAACUUUGAAGACACCAAAUCUAGUUCCCAUAUUAUCCACAUUGCGGUAUUUUCCGGACACUUCUGCUUGUAAAUAUUGCUACGUGGUUCCGGUUGUGAAAGGAGGUAAAUACUUGGUGAGGACGACGUAUUACUAUGGAGGUUUCGACGGAGGAAAAGAGCCGCCGGUUUUCGACCAGAUCGUGGAAGGGACUAAAUGGAGUGUGGUUAAUACCACGGAGGAUUAUGCCAAUGGACUUAGCUCGUAUUAUGAGAUUAUGGUGAUGGCUACGGGGAAAAUGCUAAGCUUUUGCCUUGCUAGGAAUGAAGAUACAAAGUCUAGCCCUUUCAUUUCAGCUCUAGAGUUGGAGUACAUGGAUGAUUCUUUGUAUAACACCACGGAUUUUAAAAAGUUUGCACUUGCUACCGUGGCCAGAAGUAGUUUUGGAAGUGCUGGUGACUCCAUUAGCUUUCCAGAUGACGAGUUCAACCGGUUAUGGCAACCAUUCAAGGACAUGAAUCCUAUUGUUGAAAGCCAUGUCAACAUAACUCCUUCAGAUUUUUGGAACAUGCCACCAGAAAAGGCAUUCUACAAUGCAAUCACAACAAGCAGAGGAAAAACACUUCAAAUCAAUUGGCCACAAAAUCCUCUCUCAAAUGCAAAGUACUAUAUUUCACUAUACUUUCAAGACAACAGGACUCCAAGCCCAUAUAGCUGGAGAGUGUUUAAUGUUUCCAUAAACGGAAAGAAUUUCUUCUCAGAUCUCAAUGUCACUACAGAUGGAGUUACAGUUUAUUCAACACAAUGGCCUUUAUCUGGCCAAACUCAAAUUGUAUUGACUCCUAGAAAUGGGAGCCCUGUUGGGCCUGUGAUUAAUGCUGGUGAGAUCAUGCAAAUUCUGCCUCUUGGUGGAAAGACCCUCACUAGAGAUGUGGUUGCAAUGGAAGAGUUGGCAAGAAUGUUCAACAAGCCACCUUCUGAUUGGAGUGGUGAUCCUUGCUUGCCUAAAGAGAAUUCAUGGACUGGAGUUACAUGUUCUCAUGAGAAACAUGUUAGAGUUGUUGCUCUAAAUUUGACUGGCAUGGAGAUGUCUGGCACAUUGCCUUCAAAGGUAGCGAAGUUGAGUGCACUCAACCAUCUUUGGCUUGGAGGAAACAAUCUCUCUGGCAAAAUUCCAGAAAUGGGAUCAAUGAAGGAGCUAAAGACCUUGCAUUUGGAAAACAACAAGUUUGAAGGAAAAGUUCCAAAAUCAUUAGGCCAACUUCCAAAACUAAAAGAGAUAUUCCUCCAAAACAACAAGCUUAGUGGUGAAAUUCCUAGCUCAUUGCAAAAGAAAAAAGGCAUCAAAAUUAGGAUGUGAAAUCAGCUUAAUGGUAAUGAAGAAUGAGAGAUGAGCAAAUAUGAAUGUCUCUUCCAACUAGGGUGUAAUUGGGAAGUGUAAUUAGUUUGGUUUCAGAAUAUGCAAACCAGUACGGCUUCAUAUUGUUUGUGCCUAUUCUCGUAUGGUGUCUUUUCGUGGUAAGUUCCAUGAU